AUGCCACACGCUUGUCGUUCUCUCCUAAAAGAUUAUUGUUCUAAUUGCACUAUUGCUGGGGUGCAUUUCAUAGCUGAUGAUACAAAACAUUGGGUAGAAAGAGUUGUAUGGGCAAUUCUAGUUGUCCUUGCUUGGUAUGGAGUUUCACUGCUCAUCAUAGCUGCCUGGGACUCCUUCGUGGAGAACCCCAUCAGCUUCGGAGUGGAGACGACCUACGUGGACUGGGAGACCAGGCUGCCUGCUGUGGCGGUGUGCGAACUGCUCAAUGUUGAUAAGGUGUACGAAGUCGCUGACACGAUCUGGCCACCCGGCCACCUUCUAGAUUUAGAAGAUGCUCUGAAAGAAAUAGCGUUUUACCGAGGAAUAAGCUACACUUUAGUUGAAGUAUGUCAUCACGCAAAGAAUCCGAACAAACUGUGUCCGAUGGAAAACUACACUUAUUACGCUGACUUGAUUCGAAGUGACUGUCCGCAGAUUAUAAGAAACUGUUCGUACAAUGGGAAUAUGUUUGACUGUUGCGAGUACUUCCAGCCCAUAGAUACUGAUAUUGGCACAUGCUUUAUUCUCAAUUCUAUACAAACAAAGGAGCCAAAUCCAUAUCCAAUGGUUUGCAACAGAACCCAUAAAACAGGAAUUAUCAAGUUUGAAAUUUUAUUAGCAGCGGCGGUUUAUACCAUAGGAGAAGAUGAAAUACCUAGCAUUACUACUCUACAAUCCGCUACUUUUAAAGUUCAGACGAAGCAUACUUACAGUCGGCGAAUUACAGUCCGUAACAUUGAAAAUGACCCACUGGUGUCAUCAGAAACAUCAGUGGAGCAGCGGGCUUGCCAUACCCGCGACGAAAACGAAGGAGGACUCUACCCUCAUUACUCUUACAGCGCCUGCACAAUUAAGUGUCGAAAGCAAGCCCAAAUAGACACUUGUGGAUGUAACGACCACUUCAUGGUUGGCACUUCAGAAGCUGAACUGUGCAACAUUACCGGCAUGGCCUGCCUCCACUCCAGGGCUACACACCUCACCACACUAAAACCCAAUUGGGCCACACGACCUGGAAUGGCUUGUAACUGUUUACCAUCAUGCCAUGAAGCUGAGAUUACUGUCAUUAAGGACGUCAUAAGAACAAACCGUACUUUAAAGAAAAAAGCAGAAGUAGAAAUCGUGCUCGCAUAUUUACCAUCGGAAAGAUUUAAACGCAGAGUUGUAAGAAGCCACCUUGAUUUAGUGGUUUCUGUAGGAGGGACAACGGGGCUUUUUGUUGGUGCCAGCAUUCUCAGCUUUGUGGAACUGAUAUUUUAUUUCUCAGUUCGUUUUGUAAAUAAUAUCUGGCUGGAUCGGAGGAAUUAUGUUAAGAAAAGGAAGAAAGUUAAAAUUAUACUGAGCGAUCGCGUUAAUGAUAAUGCUAUCAAUGUUAUGAAUAAUUCUCAAAAAGUAGGACCACUAGUCAAAAUUUAA